UUAGAUGACGCUGAAGAAAGACAAUUACAGGCUGUAAACUUGGAAAAUGUCAUCCUGUCGAUCCUCACAAUAUUCAGUAAUAAACUGUAAAACACUCUAAAACAAAUGUUGAGUUAUUUAAACACUACACAGGUUGCUGUUUAUUGUUGAACCUGUUAAAGGUUCAGCUGUCACAUAUUAUGAAGUGUUGAACCAAUACAGUUGAAUUCUCUUCACAGUAGUCAGUGUGCGACAAAUUGUCUACUAGACAGUGAUCACAUUACUCCCUUGUAAUAAACAGCAUGAAACUGCUUUCUGUUUAUCUCAACAACAAGUAACCCAAUAACUAAAGCGCCUCUGUCUUUUUUAUUUCAUUUGACCUUGUAGUUUAACGUUACCCUGUUUGUGUGUUACCACUCAGUGUGUAUUCAUAUUAUCUGUAUUUACCCAGGGAGCGUUGAAUGAACAAGAGCUUUGUCCAGCAGGGCUUUUCCCCAACGAUAAACAACACACCCUGCCGCUCCGCAGAACAUUCACACCUCUCCUCCUUAAACGCCGUGGAUCCCUCAUUUACGCUGUUCUUGUUCUUUUAAUAGCACCAUCUGAAGCAAAACAAUAAACCAGAGAAUCCUUUCUAAGUACAUUAGAAAUGGGAAGGUGAGCCGAGUAAACUGCCCUUAUGAAAUGUUACGAGUUCUCGUUGGGCGAGCGACUGCUGCACUGCCUUCUACCGACCCAGACCUGUCAACAAACCGCUCCUCCGGUCCAGCCCCGGUCAGUGGAGUUCUGUGUUUACAUAUAUGUCUGAUAUUCAUCAUACUGUGUAUACCGUGUAUGUACCUGGUCAAAGGUCUCACUAUCAACUGUGGAAACCCAUUCCACCUAAGAGCCUGUUCCUUUUAAUUCCUGCAUCAAAUGUCAAGCUCCUUCUCUACUUGAUGACUUUGUCCCAGGUCACGUGUCAACACACGGUCCUCAAUGACCCUCGCUUUGCCAAUCAGUCCUCUCAGUUGAAGGGACUACGGUAAACAUUGUUGUCAUAUGGACGACUACAACAACAUCGCGAUUGUUUUUCCUGGGUGUGUGUACCGACUUUUUGAUGUAUACAGUUUAGAUGUAUGUUGAAGACACACACACACACACACACACACACACACACACCCAUUUAGGUAACCAAGCAAAAAUGUUCUAAUGGGAGUUCAGGCCCCGCCCCUGGUGGUACGAAGUGCACUGCACAUAAAAAGGAGCAUCAGAACACGGCUCUCCAGCACACAGAUCUGAAGUUUCAUCCAAGGUUUAAAAAUGUACGGAUACAACCAAGGAAACCAGUACCCUCCUGGUUACCCCAACAACCCUCAGCAGAUGCCUGGGGGAUACCCUCAACAUCCUCCAGGUACCGCACCGAUGAACUACCCCCCUCGGCCUCACGGCCCGUACGGAGGCCAACACGGACCUGGACCUGGUUACGGUCCCAACCAAGGACAUGGACCUGGUUACGGACCCAACCAAGGACAUGGACCUGGUUACGGUCCCAACCAAGGACAUGGACCUGGUUACGGACCCAACCAAGGACAUGGACCUGGUUACGGUCCCAACCAAGGACAUGGACCUGGUUAUGGUCCCAGCCAAGAACAUGGACAGGGCCACGGACAUGGACAUGGACAUGGACAGGGUCACGGACAGUGCCAAGGACAUGGACAUGGACAUGGACAUGGACAGGGUCACGGACAGUGCCAAGGACAUGGACAUGGACAUGGACAGGGUCAUGGACAGGGCCACGGACACAAGCACAAGCACAAGGACGGUCACAAGCACGGCCAGUGUCACAAGAAAGGAAAGGACUGUCGUGGGGCGUCCAGCAGCUCCUGCAGCAGCGACUCUGACUAGAGGCCGACGGCUGCAUAGGAGGAGGAACAAGACAAGAGAACAAAGAGAUCAACAUGUCACUGCCUAAAUGUUUUUUCACCUACAAUCAUUAAAACAUUAUUCUUGUAUCAAUUUAAUCAAAGUCUAUGACUUUAACGAGCAUCCACUAUCCAAAAUUACUGGAUGUUGCAUCAUGUUUGAAAGUCAUACCAGGUCACCCAUAGCAUGAUUAUUAUUAACAUGUCAGAAUUUCAAUUUAAGAGAUAUCUUGCUGACAUUAUUAUAUCUAUGAUUGUGUUCUUUAGAAAAUUAAAUAAAAGUACUCUCUGACGACGAUAAACUGUAUUUCCAUUUUA